AUGACUGCAGCAUUGGCAAUAAAAAGUUUAGUGUAUGGCCUUUCGCUAUUGCUCAUUCAGGAUUGUUCGUCGCUUCAGCUUGACUGUCGAAUAGAGAAAGCUAUUAAUCACGUAAAAUAUAUUAAGAAUGUGAAGUCUUAUGUCUACAAUGAUACACAUCUACUAAACAUAAAUAACAAAGGAAUUAAGACGCUGACGAAGGACAUUUUCAGUUUCUAUGCGUAUGGUAAUCGUGACCAAAUUGAAUUUAUUUAUUUAAUGUACAAUAAUGUAAAUGAGAUCGAGGCCGGGUGUUUCGAAGAGUUUACAAACGUACGAAAUAUCAAUUUCGGUGUCAAUCUAUUGGAAACAAUCAAGCGGAACUUCUUCGAAGGCAUUGAGAAAAUUGAAUUUCUAAAUUUUCAAUCGAAUCUUAUUCAAAAUAUCGAAAGGGGAGCAUUUGAUGACUUGAAAUUUUUAGAAUAUAUCUAUCUGGAUGACAAUUGCCUGAUUCAAAUUCAUGAUCAUUUAUUUCGUAACACGAUACGAAUUCGUAAUAUAUUUUUACAAAACAAUCGAUUGACGAGCAUAUCCAGCAAGUUUAUGCGAACGAAUCAAAAACUGUAUGGACUAAAUGUGGCCGAUAACGAAUUGUACGACAUAUCCAAUUUAUUUCGCUUCAAGGGUCUGAUUGCUCUCACUAUAAACAAUAACAAAUUGAAUGCAAUCAAUGGCGAUGUGAUAAGUGAUGGAAGUGAAAUUGUUUCAUUGAAUAUUGACAAUACGACACUUUCGAAUAUAAAUUUUGUAAGGAAAUUGAAAAGGAUUCGAGAAUUGUCAGCUUCUAAUAAUCAACUAAGAUUGUUCGAUGUGAGAAAACUAAGCGGAUGUAAUGACUUAACCUACAUUUCAAUUCAAUUGAAUCCAUUGGAAAUAAUUUAUGGACUCGAAAUUGUUGAGAAUGUCCUGCCAAAGCUUUCCGUUCUAGAUAUCACCGAUUGUGUAGUUGAGAGCAAUUGUCUACGCUUGUUAGAGCUCUAUAAUAUUGCAAAUGAUAAAUCCUUGAAUCUCAAUAUAAACACAACAACAUUAAGUGCCUGUUUAAGUGUCUAA